CUUCGCUUUAGUCUAAUUGAAUCAAAGAUUAUGUUUCUACUACAAUAGCUUUAUAUCUUAUUCCAACGACUUCAUCUGCAGACAUACUUGGAUACUCGGUGACACUCUCAUGCUGAUGCUUCAAAUCAUCAACACGAAACGCGUAGUCACCUGACAUGACACCCCGCAGAUUACAAUCCUCCCAUCAGUCCCGUAGUGAGGACAAGGUGCAGUAUCAAACAAAGCCUAACGUGACGUGGAUCAGCCACGACAUCUCAUCCCCCGAAAAACCCUUUAAACAAAUCCGAAAACGAACAAUGCGCUGCAUGGCAUUGGCUGCAGAACCAUCUCUAAACGACGUCAUCAUUCGACGUUAGGCCAAGCCCCUUGCCAAUUCACACCUCCAGGCAAGGCCAUGCAGAGGCUCCCCAAUCUCGCCCCAGCUCCCCCUAAGCCCGAACCCCCGGUACCACAGCCUCAACCUCAUCAGCAGACCGCACGCCCGCGGGUAUCCCGGGCCUCAUCGUCCCGCAAGUCCGCGACGAACCACGCGUGUGUGCCGUGCCGCAAGACAAAGACCAAGUGCGAUGGGAGACAUCCCUGCGCGAGGUGUCAGUUCAGCAGCAAUGUCUGCACCUACGAUACGAAAGUGUUGUCGGGGGAGACGCUGAAUAGAUUGACCAAUGCCGUGAAUGAGCAGAAGGGGAGGCUGAAUCAGCUUGAGACUAUACUCGCGGCCAUGAGGAAUGGCACAGAUUCUGAAGCUGCUGAGGUUAUGUCUUGGAUAAGAAUAGGUGAAUCUGUUGAAUCUAUUGUUUCGUACAUUGAGUCAAAGUCUAGGGCUGUUGUUGUGCCUCAGAGGCUCGUCGGUGUAAAUCACCAAGCAAAGAGCAAAUUCAUCGAAACACUAUUCGACAGAGCAGAAUGGCUCGACGGCACCACCUUUGAAGCCGACGCCAUGAACAUCGACCUGGGUUCCCGUACAAAGAGCUACUUCUCCUACCACUUCGGCAACCUCCCCUUCUCCAGCGGUAUAAAAGCAAACCACUAUCCCGCCGUCGCCCAGCAAAGCCAGCUACAAAAUUAUUACGCCAAGCACAACUGGGCAAUGAUGACAGCCAACGACGGACACGGUGUUGACUCUGUGACAAAGGCUUGGGCGGACACACUCAAGAAGGCGAGGCAGUUGGUUACAGAGGGUGCAAAGCCUGAUGAUCUCACGGGGACGUUUCCGUGUGUGGCGGCGCUGUUUGAUAAGGAUGAGUAUGAAACUGCGCCGAUGAUAAGUAAAUGGGCUGUUCAGUUCAUUUAUAGUGCGAGGAGGCAGGAUUACUCGUUUACGUCCAUGGCGGCUGUGUGGGUUGUUUGGGUUGUGAUGAGAUGGCAGAUCAAUCCGACUCCACAGACAUAUGCUGAUCUCCCUGACUGGAUCCGACCAACUGAACUUCAAGUCUUCGUCCCUCACAUUGACAUGCUGGAUUGUAUAUCAUGGCCGUACUUCCGAGACUACGUCAUCCAACAUCCUGAAAUGCAGCACGGCGAAUUACAAUGGCUUGCAGCGUGUACUUCAGGGGUGCAAGUGAACUGGCGCGGCACAAUAGAGGAAGCACUCUGUGUUGACGGUCCGACGGGACGGAGACGGUUCACAGCGGAAGCUGAGGCGACGAUUAGAGACCUGCAGGAGUGGUCACUUGCUGCAUCGUAUCGCGCCUUCAUGCCUGGCAUCGAUGGGCAAAUUCCUAUUAGAACGGCAGAGGACGCUGGAGUUAAACAGGUGUAAAAGUUUUAGAGCGUUAUCAUGUAGCGAUUAUAAUUGAUGCAACACCAGCGAUUUACAUGCUUCAUUUCAUGUCCGCGGAGUUGAUGUUGGGCAUUGUUCUGUCCCUGCGGAGUUCUUUAUCCCGAGGUGCAAGUGCAAUUAGCCAUACAUGAAUUGUAA